AUGGAGUCGGAGACGCGGGUGCUGCGCGCGGCGGGCGGCUUCGGCCGGGCCCGGCGCCUGCUGGCCGCCGCCUCGUGGCUGCCGUGCGUGGCGCUGGGGCUGGCGCUGGGCUCGGAGCCGCUGCUCACCACGCCGCCGGCGCACCACUGCCGGCCGGACCCCGAGCUGCUGCCCCCCGCGCUGCGCGCUCUGCGCGGGCCCGCGUUGCUCGACGCCAGCGUGCCGCGCCUGGGACCCGCGCGCGCCCCGAGCCCCUGCCUGCUCCUGCGCUACCCUGAGCCCGAGCCCCACGCCCGCCCCAACGGCACGCGGCCGUGCACGCGCGGCUGGCACUACGCGCUGCCCGCCGCCGGCCUGCUGCGCAGCCCGGUGACCCAGUGGAACCUGGUGUGUGAGGAUGGCUGGAAGGUGCCCCUGGAGCAGAUGAGCCACCUCCUGGGCUGGCUGCUGGGCUGUGUCUUCCUGGGUGCGGGCUGUGACCGGUUUGGACGUCGGGCUGUGUUCGUGGCCUCCCUGGUGCUGGCCACAGGCCUGGGGGCCAGUGAGGCCCUGGCGGCCAGCUUUCCCGCCCUGCUGACCUUGAGGCUGCUUCACGGGGGGGCCUUGGCAGGGUUUUCCCUUGCCCUCUACGUGGCUCGCCUGGAGCUGUGUGACCCCCCUCGUCGCCUGGUGUUCUCCGUGGGAGCCGGCCUCUUCUCCGUGCUGGGCACGCUGCUGCUGCCUGGCCUGGCGCUUCUGGCACAGGACUGGCGCCUCCUGCAGGGGCUCAGCGCCCUGGCGACGGGCCUUCUGCUGCUCUUCUGGGGGUCGCCGGCCCUGUUCCCUGAGUCUCCCUGCUGGCUGCUGGCCACGGGACAGCCCGCCCGGGCCCGGAAGAUCCUGGGGCACUUUGCAGAACCUGGGGGCGUGGACCCAGAGGACGGCUCAGAGGAGGAGAGCUCCCUGGUUCCAGAGCUGGACAUGCUGGGUGCACAGAGCCCCCGGCCCCAGUACCACUCCGUCCUGGAGCUCCGGCACACCCGCGUCGUCUGGAGAAACGGACUCAUCCUGGGCUUCAGUUCGCUGAUCUGCGGGGGCAUCAGAGCCGGCUUCCUCCGCAACCUGGCCCCGAGCGAGCCCACUUUCUAUUGGCCCUACUUCCUGACCGCCGGCCUGGAGGCGGCGGCCGCUGUGCUCCUGCUGCUGACGGGGGACCGCUGGGGGCGACGCCCGGUCCUGUUGCUGGGCACCCUGGUCCUGGGGCUGGCAUCCCUGCUGCUCCUUGCCGGGACCCAGUACCUGCCAGGUUGGCCCAUGCUGUCCCUGUCCGUGCUGGGCCUCCUGGCCUCCCACGCCGUGUCUGCCCUCAGCAGCCUCUUCGCCGCGGAGGUGUUCCCCACGGUGAUCAGGGGGGCCGGGCUAGGCCUCGUGCUGGGGGCCGGCUUCUUGGGCCAGGCCGCAGCGCCCCUGGCCGACGUGCACGGCCGGGGCGGCUUCUUCCUCCACCACGUGGUCUUCGCCUCCUUCGCGGUGCUCGCCCUGCUGUGCGUCCUGCUGCUGCCCGAGAGCCGAGGCCGCCGUCUGCCCGCGUCGCUGCGGGACGCCGACUGCCUGCGCGCGUCCCGGGCCCGCCGCCGACCGCCCCCACCCUCCCACCGGGCGGGGUCCCGGACGGAGCGGGAGGGCUGACUCGCCGGCGCCCUGGCUCCCCGCCAUCCCCGCCACGCGUGGAGGAUAAAGGC